AUGAGAUUUUCAUGUGAAAGGAGCGGUAAGUAUAGGCCGUUUGUGAAGAAAGUUGAUGGGAAGGAGGUAGCUGUGAAGAAGAGAGUGUGGUCCACGGGCACCAAAAAAUGUGAAUGCCCAUUUGAAUUGAAAGUUGUAAAGGGCAAUGAUGAUUGGACUGUCUCUGUCCACAAUGGCACCCACAACCAUCCUCCAGCGGUGUACUUGGAGGGCCAUUCCUAUGCCGGGAGGUUGUCAGCAGAGCAGACUAGCACGGUGGUUGAUUUGUCAGUCGCUUUGGUGAAACCCAAAGAAAUCAUAACCCAUUUGAAGGUUCAAGAUCCUGAAAACGUAUCGUCUAUCAAAACUGUGUACAAUGUACGACAAAAGUAUCGAGUGAUAGAGAAAGCUAAGAAAUCUCAAAUGCAACAUUUGUUGGAUCGGCUAGAAAAGUACCACUACGUUCAUUGGACCCGUGGGAACGAGACUGAGAAUGUCACGGAGUUGUUUUGGUCUCCCCCAUCUGUUGGGCAGAUGUUACGUGUUUUUCCCCCAUCUGCUGACAGGACUAUUAAAUGA